CAGCUCAGGCUUUUAGUAUCGAGCAACAGCGGCAUCGAUAGGAAAACACACUUUCUUUACUUCCAGCCGGAUUUUGCCUUAUUGUUGUCGCCAUGCGUGCGUUUGGCGUUUCUUGUUGGCUAUGAGGGAAUUUCUACAUUUGUAGGUUUUUCUUACUUCUUCAUCCUGGGAUUCAUACUUCCCUUUUUUCUAGCUUUCCUUGGCGUUGCGCCUGAGAAACUAUUUCAAGGAAAACCUUUUUUUCCCCCCAUUUAAUCGGGCUUUAAGAGGAGGAUAAAGAUGUCGAAGAAGGUGGAGGAGGCGAACAAGCUCGCCGAAAGUACAUAUAAGAAUGUGAUGGAACAGUUCAACCCAGGGCUUAGGAACCUGGUGAACCUUGGAAAGAGCUAUGAGAAGUCUGUUAAUGCUAUGUCCAUGGCAGGAAAGUUGUAUUUUGAUGCACUGUCUAAGAUUGGAGAGAAUGCCGUUGGGUCUCCUGUCUCCAAAGAGUUGGGUGCAGUUCUGGUGGAAAUCUCUGAGGUGCAUAGGAGGGCUCAUCUUGAGAUGGAGGAAAAUUUUAAGAGGUUCCACAGGGAGGUAAUAACCGAGCUCGAGAGGAAGACUGAUAUGGACGUCAAAUACAUGACAGCCACAUUUAAGAGGUACCAGAUGGAGCACAAGAUGAAGCAGGAUUCUCUGGAGAGGUCCCAGGCAGACUUGAAAAAGCUGAGGAGGAAGAGCCAAGGCAAAAACGCCAACAAGUACGAACACAAGGAAAGCGAGAUCCUGGAAGUUCUGACAUCUCGACAGACAGAGAUGCAGUUGUUCCUCGCAGAUGGCUGCAAGGAGGCUCUACUGGAGGAGAAGAGACGCUUCUGUUUUCUUGUUGACAAACACUGCAUGCUAACCUAUCAGUUUGCCUCUUACCAUGACAAGGCCAGAGACAUACUGACAACCAAGCUAAGCAGCUGGCAGGACCAGUGCAACGACGCCACCAACAUGCCUGACAGCGUUCUGUCCAUGAUUGACGAACUGCGCAAGCCAGUCACUAUUACACCGAUGCCUUCCCCCACCCCGUCACGACACAGCAUGAUUGCUCCCCCUGCUCCACCUAUGAAAUAUAAAUCCAGCCCUCUGGCUCACAUGUUUGACCCCCAGGACAACGGCCCUAACAGUAUGACUGCUCCUACUCCUACCAAAGAAAGCAUAGACCGUGAAAAUGGUGAAGACAGUAAUCUUGCCAGGUCUGUGUCCGUCGCCACCGGCCUCAACAGCAUGGCGAGGAGGCCAAGGGUGCGGACCAUCUUCCCCCACAAUGCUGGCAACAACAGCACCCUGCUCAGCUUUGAUGAGGGGGACAUAAUCACCCUGCUCAUCCCUGACGAGAGGGAUGGCUGGAUGUACGGGGAAAUGGAAAAGAAUGGAAAGAGGGGCUGGUUCCCUUCGUCUUACUGCCGCGCUCUCACCGAGCAACUCGUGAAUAACAACAGUGAGACUGGCGGCCAUCACCGCAGCAGAAGUGUAGUCAACCUGCACCAUCAGGACUCAGAGACAGACGAAGCGACUAUGGUGCUACCACAGACGGACUACUUUGGCGUCAAGAGCAACGCGCUGUCGGCCGCAAGCGUCACUACAAAUAACCACCAGCACUCCCCAACACCCUCAGCAGCAUCCUCCUUCUCCUCUGAUCAGAACAUGGCUGCACAGUCCAACGGCACCUCGAGACCUCCGCCUGCUUUCCUCGCCGGAGGGAAUCCAUUUGCAACAGUCAGGCUAAGACCAACUGUGACUAAUGAUCGCUCUGCACCCGUCAUCUGAUUUCCAACAUUUCCAUCCAUCAUCAGGCUCCUCAACUAAUAGUUUGGCCUCUGCUCUCAUGAUCCAGCAGCUUUUUCUGGGUCAGGGCAGAGGAGAAAAAGGCCAUUUAAAUCUGCUACAAACUGAUAUAGUAAACUAAGUAUUUUGGGACCAUUUUAGUAACUAAAAGAUGUUCAUCUAUUUAUGAUAGAUAUAUAUUUUCUAUGUCUAUAUUUUAGUCGGUCUGUGUGUGGUGGUGAGAUUUAAACGACCACAUUCUCACUUGCACUUGAGACAUGGACGAAUUAAAAACUGGUCAAAGAGAAUCUUGCAUUGUAUUUAUGCUGUUGACGUUGCUUUGUCCGACUGUUAGAAAUCAUUCUGUGGUCCAAGGACAAUAAUGUGGAGGACUCCUACAUUUCACCUUUAGGUCCUAAUGUGUAGACUCGCUGUCGAAGGUCACAGAAAUGUUAUUAGGAGAAGGAUGAUGUAAAACAAGUUUGUCCUAAAAGGCACAAAGGGAUUUUCUUUGCUUUUUUUGUAUAGACAUUUAAUAGAUUCUUUUUUGUCCAUUGCCAUCUAAAUUAAGGGUUGUUUUUUUGUUUUUUUGUAAUGUGGACACUUGUGCCUUAAUGCUCCAUAUAUACUGUAAAGUAUAUUUACCUGUACUUUAUCCCAGCUGUGCAAUUCUGAUAUAACCAUCUCAGAUGGUGAAACCUUAUGUAUGCUUUUCCAUCACUCAUUACAUCCUUCUUAUAAUUUGCUA